AUGAUCUAUCACGCCAUCCUUGCGUCUGUCUUUGAACCAGUGAUGCCACUCAUUGCUACUUCAACAAUUGCUGAUGAUGCAUGGUCCAAGUUGCAACGAUUAUAUGUCAAUCGUUCACGUACUAGUGUUAUGCAACUUAAGGAGAAGUUGACUCUCAUUCAGCGAGAGUCCCGUUCAGUCUCGGAGUAUCUCCAUGCCAUCAAGGUUUUUGUUGAUGAACUUGCGAUGAUCGACUCUCCUGUCUCAAUGGAUGGCAUCACUCUUUAUGUCCUCAAUGGCCUCGGUCCUGAAUUCUGUGAUAUUGCAGGACCUAUUCGGACACAUGAGACUUCUCUUAUGUUUGAAGAGUUUCAUGACAUGUUGAUUGACCACAAAAGCUACUUGAAACGUGUUGAAACUUCCAACUCUACCUUAGUUGCCACUGCAAACACCACUCAACACCGCACUACCACUUCAAAAUUCAACCGCAACCAACGUUCUAGCACCGGUUCCUCCAGUCAGAAUCGCACAAACUCUGGUCGCUAUAAUCACAAAGAGCGAUUUGGUAAGCCCCACAUUGUUUUCCAGCUAUGUGGUAAAGUGGGACACUCGACCAAGACUUGUUGCACGAUUUUCGACAAGAAGUCUAUGAAUUGUGCCACUACCACCGGGUCCAAGGACAAAAAGUGGCUUGUAGAUUCAGCUACUUCUCACAAUAUUACCUUCGAUCUUGCCAAUUUUUAUGUUCACUCGAAGUAUAAUGACACGGAUGAGGUCAUCAUUAGCGAUGACUCAGGCAUCUUGUGUUUGGUAACAAGAACUGAUCACUUGUCUUCUUCAAUUGGGAUUUCAGACUUUGGUCCCUUAAAUUAUUUUCUUGGUGUUAAGGUGAUUUCAGUCAAACACGAGUUGUUCCUAUCCCAACAAAAAUAUAUUCGAGAUCUUCUUUCUCGCAUCAAGAUGAACAAUGCCAAGGCAGUGACGACUCCACUUGCCACCAAAGAUCUUCUUCAACUUCAUGAUGGAUCUUCUCCAGCUGAUUCAACUGAGUACCGCCGAGUUAUAAGAGCUCUCCAAUAUCUCUCUCUUACUUGA